CGUAAGGUGGCGCGGACACUGAUUUUUCUCUAACUGGUUAGGAGGCUGUGAGCGUCGUUUAAACCAACCAAUGAGGUGGAAGAAACGGGCUGGGGGUGGGUGGAGUGGCCAUUUGAAAUGGAAUCGCGGGGAGCUCCACGGAGGGGAAUUGGAUUUUGCUUUGAUCCCUUUCUGAGGUGAAUUCGAAUCUAGUUCCGAGGUUUGGGGUUACAUUUAGCGGCUUCCAGGCUGUGUGCAAGCGGCAAUCGGUGGUGUAGCUAAACUUUGUUCAUCCCGGCUCUGGAGACGGGAAAACCGGGCCGGGCGCGUCCUCCGAGGAGUGUCCAAUUUAUUCACGUGUGAACGGUCCACGAGGGCCUGGCGGUAAGGGUUGACAUCAUGGAAGAUGGAAAAACAUUGCAUUCAGAAUAUAAAACAGCAGACGUUCACCUCAAUGAUUUUCACCUCCUGACCGAUGAAAAAUUUGAUUUUGACCUUUCACUGUCUCCCACAAGUGAAAAUGAAGAUGAAGUUUUUAUUGGACCAAUGGGCCAUAAAGAAAAAUGUAUUGCUGUGUCUCUUGAAACCCAUGAAGAAAGUGAAAAUAGAAUUCCGUCACUUACAAAUGACCUAGCAUGGAGCCCUCCUGCUGGUGAUAAAUUUGUGGAAAUAUUUAAAGAAGCUCAUUUGCUAGCUCUCCAGCUUAAAAGUGGAAGCAAAACAAAGAAAAACAAUACUGUCCAUCCAGGGAAGGAAAAGACAGAGGUUGCCGAAAAAUUUGUGAAAGAAUCAAGGUCAAAACUGAAAAUCCUUGAAAAAGGAGUAGUGACAGAUAAAACACCAACAGCCACUAGAAGAGAGACAUACUGUAUAUGGGAAAGUCCAAGUGGCCAACUGUUGCCUUCAAUUCAGAAGCGUUUAGGGCAACCUGUCACAAUAAUGGAUAGUGCUCAUUCUCCCCAAAUGCCUCUGAACACAUCAAGUCCUGCUAAAACAGAUAAAUUACCAGAAACUCCUACUCUACCCUUGGCCCAUGCAAAGAAUGACACAAACCUUAAAAAAAGAAGCAAAUUUCAGACUGUAAAAACACUACCUGCAUUUAGAAAUAACAGUUACUUAGCGGUAGGAGAGCCCAAACAAGGAAAAUUGCCUAGUCCUUCCAACACAAUUUACUCAAAUAGUAUGGGAUCGUCUGAAGAUUUGCUUUCUGACAAAUCAAGCAUAGCUUCGGAUGCAGGAGAAUCAUUCUCUACCAGUUCAUCUAUGCAAAGCAAGAGAACUCUCCCUACUCCCAGCAAGUUGGGAAUGAAGACAAGACAACUGAAACCUCCUAAUGAUGUUCAUAUGCGAAGAAAUACUUCAUCUUCCUCCUCCUCCUCCAUUUCCAGCAUGAAUUCAAGUUUGAAUUCAAGUCUGUCAAUUUCUCCUAAAAGAGGAAAUGUCAAAACAAGUAUUACAAAAGCUCCUGCAGGCAUCUCCAAGCACUCUUCCGGAACAAGCAAGAUUUCCAUAGUUAAACCUAUGAAAGGGGUUUCAGUGAAUGCUGCCCACUCUGAUGCAUCUGGAAAGCAACCCACACCCAGAUGUGGUGCUAAAGGAAAUCCUGUGAAUAUACCCAAAUAUACCCUGACAUCUGAGACUGCAAGCAGUAAGUUGCAGAAAGGAGGUUCUGAUCAGAAAUUAUUACCAAAAAACACACUGGGAAAUGCAAGUACAAGUUCAAGUCCUAAACUUAACUCUAAAACAGCACCCCCAAACUUAAAGAGAGAUACAUUUUCAGAAAAUGAAGCCACCAGAGUAUUGCAAUCAAAUCUGGUACUGUCUUGUAGCAAUAUUGGAAGCAAUAUUGCAGUUUCCCCACCUGUCAAACAAUUAGAAGGAACCGUACAAAAAUCCUGUUCUGCUGUGAAGCUUGCUUUACGGACUCCAAACAUGAGGCAUUCUACAUUGCCUACCCCUGUCGGUCGACGUAUCUCAGGAAUUCCAACACUGACCCCUAAAACAGUGCCCAGAACAAUGAUAUCUCCUAAUCUUUUAGCUCUUCAUGUUUCUAGUGUGUCUUCUAAAAAGACUCCAGGAAUUAGUUCUAAAUAUGUGAAUGAGAACAAGACAUGGGUGUCUUCAAGCUCAUCUUCAACAGAGGAAGACUUCUCUCUGCCACAGGUUAUACCUAUUGCACUUGAUUUUUCACCAGAUAAACCUUUUAUUGAAAUAGAACAAGACAUAACUAAAAAAGGGAAAGUAGAAGAAGUAAUACCAGCUAAGGAGAGCUUGUUGAUAGAAUAUGAAAGAGAUAAAACACCAGUGGCCAUCCAGGAAUGUGAAAACAAACCUCUCAUUGAUCUUUUUAACACUCCUGAAAUUAUUAAAGCCCCUCCAUUGAAACCUACAGGACAGCUAAUAGAUCUGAGCUCUCCUUUGAUGAAACUAAGUCCUGAAGGAAAUAAAGAGAAUUCACCUCUUCUGAAAUUUUGAUUUUUUAAAAAUUGGUUUUCAAACUAGAAAAAAAUCUGGAGUUUAGCAACUAAUAUGUUUCACUGGUCAAUAGUUCUAAUACUGGGAAAAAAAGACUUGAAAUUGCAUGGAAUUUAAAUUGUGAACUUGAAAUAUUGAUAUAUUGCUGCUAGGAAAAAUGGGGAAGAUAGCUUAAAUUUUUCUAUAUUUUAAGGAAUGCUGGUUGUAGCAAUGUCUUUCCUGGUAAAACAUGCUAGAUAUUUGUUUGAAAAUUGUGCAAAGUAAAUUGUAGAAAUAUGUCAAAUGUUAUUAGCUGAAAUAAAGUAAUGCAUUUUAAAUAUUUAUUAUGCACUUUCAUAAUUAUUGCACAAUAUUCAGUGUCUCUGUGAAGGCAAUCACAAUUCAGUUACUCUGUAAGAAUGGCAGAGUAUUAAAUGCAGAACUUCUGUUUAUGGCUGUGUGUGUAGUUUUACUGUUCCUUUACAUUGAACAACCAAGUGUGCAAAAAGGAAUGAGUUCUCCAAAAUUUGAUUAGGGUAGCUAAUUUGAGUAACUCAAUACAGAACAAUACACUGUUUCAAACUACCUUGCAUCAAGGAUAAUUUUUU